CUCAUCGACCCAUCGUUCUUCAUAACAUCACAGCCUCUUUUCCAUCUCAUCUUUUUGACAGCCUCUAUUCAAAAUGCUCUCCAUACGCACUCUCGCCCGCACAGUGCCUCGCACUUUCUCGCGAUCAAUCGCUUCCUCCCGAUCUGCCCUCCGCCUAGUCGCGAACCUCCCCAAGACGAGCUUCAUCCAGCCCUCCCUGAAGCAAGCUAUUAGACCCGCACAAGCCGCGUUCUCAACAUGUAGGGUGUUUAGACAAGCUGAAGGCGAUGCCGAGCUUUCUGCUAAACUUGAGGAUGAACUGAAGCACGAGAAGUCCUCGGGUCUCGAAGACUUGGAAUCUUCCGUCCAGAACAUUCAAUAUGUUCUUCAGAACAACUCUUGGGAGGUCAAAGAUGUCCCUGGAGAACAGGAAGUUGUUUUAACGAAGAAACUCAACAAUGAAGAGAUCCGCCUUACGUUCACCGUUGCGGACCUCCAGAACUUGAGCGAACACGAUGACUUGGACGGCCUUACCGAUGGAAUGGAUUUCGAAGGCCACCAGCCCGCGAACCAGGGUGUUAGCGGAAACUUUGCUCAACACCCUGAGGACAGUAUCGCACCUGCCGACCGUGAGGAGCAGGACCUGGAACCUAGCUUCCCUGCGCGCGUAAAUGUCACCAUCGAGAAGCCCGGAAACGGUGCCCUCCUUAUUCAGACCCUUGCCCAGGACGGCUUGUUCCAGGUUGAGGAAGUCUCCUUCUUCUCCAAGCCCGACUUGGCCCACGCUGUCACCGCUGAGAAGGACUGGGCUCGGCAGAGUCUUUACGCCGGUCCUCCUUUCGAGAACCUGGACGAGGAUCUGCAGACCUACCUUGAGCGCUACCUUGAGGAGCGCGGCAUCAACGCCGAGCUUGCCAACAUGAUUCCCGACUACAUCCAGGUCAAGGAGCAGAAGGAAUAUGUCCGCUGGCUCGAGAACGUCCGUAACUUCGUUUCUGCUUAAGUGCACAAAUAAGUACCAUUAAUCUUCAUCGAAUCUCUCUCAACUCAUCUAUUAUCGCCCAUGAAAGUGUUUCAACUUGAAUCGCUCAUCUGUUACAAUAUUUCGAGCUGCUAUUUUGGGGGAGUGGGGCGACUCUCUGCAAGUGGACAGGAUGCACAUGUAUUAAUAUAGAAAUGAAUUAAGGAUUUCAUUGUAAUUAUGCCAUUGAAUGUACCUUUUCGUCAGAAGUUAGAACAUAAGUACUCGAAGCAAACGGAGGGCAUUCGGUCCCUCUUUAUAGGGGAAUGUGUCAUCAUGAGCAUAAACGGUGGUCAUUCAAAUACAUUUAAGAAAACAUCUCAGACGCCAU